GCUCUGUACAGACGACUAUGUAAUCUAGCAUCGUGAAAUGUAUGUCGUUCUGUAGGAAUAUACUCCGCCCACAAACUCCCUUGACCCCUCUGCUGAGCUCGCAAACGGAAGCACUUGAGUGCACUGGCGUGACGAUUCUGUAGCAGCGAAACCAGCAAUACAAUCACAAUGGAGGCUACAAAAAUAAAAGACAUUUUAAGACAUCUUCUAGAUGAGGCUGACGCUGCCGAGGAAGAUACCAAUGACAACCAUCCGGAUCAUCACCACCAUCGCCAUCACUUACGCCACCUCAGGAAUCAAUUAGACGACCUGGAGCCCUCAAACCAUGUGCGCUUAUUGCAGCAGCUCCUUUGCGUCCGGCAGCCAGAACCGGAGCUGCCAGCUGACAUCCUUGACGGCAUAGAUGCCAUUUUAAAACAGCAGAUGUCACGGAGAGUCCUGACACAGGCAGGCACGAUCCAGCCAACAACAACAUUGAGGCGGGAAAACCAAGACGUGAGGCUUUCGCUCUGGCAGGGAGACAUCACGACCCUCACGGGGCUCAUAGCAAUCACCAACGCUGCCAACACCCAGGGUCUAGGUUGCUUCCAGCCGCCGCACCGCUGUAUCGACAACGUGAUUCAUUCAUGGUCAGGACCACGUCUGCGUUAUGAAUGCAAUGAGGUAAUGCAGUCCCGAGGCCGCGGGAUCGAGCCGGGCGAGGUCAUCGUCACAAGUGGUUCCUGCUUGGCCGCGGACUACGUGGUGCACACCGUGGGACCACAGCUACGGCGAGGAGCAGGCGGUCCCACGGCGCUGCAGAGGGAGCAACUCGCGCGGUGCUACAGCUCGGUUCUCGGCGCCGUGGAGAAGCUGCCCGUGGCAAGCAUCGACGGGCGCAAGAUUGUCGCGCUGUGCGGCAUUUCGACAGGCCUGUUUGCUUUCCCAGCGCGGGAAGCAGCAGCGAUCGCUGUGCGCGCUGUCUCCGAGUGGCUUGAGGAGCAUGAGGGGACGUCCGUGACGGACGUCAUCUUCGACACCUUCACUGACGAGGAUACCACCAUCUAUAAGGAGGUGCUGGCCCGCGUGCCGCAGGAGCGGGAGAGCUGGAUUUCCUCAGAAACAGACGGAAACUCCUCGCCGCAGCCCGUUAUCCAGUGUGGCUCACUGGGCCGCGCGAGGGGGUGGUUGGAGGAGGCGGAUGCAGUCCUCGUCAGUGCUGGCGCAGGUUUGUCGGCCUCAGAUGGGCUGGACUACACUUCACCGGCACUGUUCGCCAAGCACUUUCCAGGCUUCCUCAAGUACGGGCUGCGGACGCUAUACGACGUCUUUGGCUUUCGCGGAUGGCCUAGCGAGCAAGUGCGAUGGGGUUACUACAGCACGCACAUAAGUAUGAUCCGCUCGUGGCCUGCAUCAGCAAUGUACCGCAGCCUCGUAUCAUGGCUGAAGCACUUCGACGGUGGUAACGUGCACGUCAGGACCUCCAACGCCGAUGGCCUCUUCCUCGCCAACGGGCUCGACGCGCAGAGGUUGUCAACGCCCCAAGGCGCCUACUCCGUACUUCAGUGCCUGGCCAACUGCCGCCGUGAUGCCACGGUUGCAAGCGGUCCGCUGAUCGAGGCCGCCCAACACUCCCUUGAUCCAGUCUCUCAAAUCCUGACCGACCUUGACAAGGUGCCGCGGUGCCAGUUCUGCGGGGGCAAGAUGAAUAUCUGCGUCAGGGCAGGGGAUUGGUUCAACGAGGUGCCGUUCCAAGACGGGGAGCGGAGAUGGAGGGAAUUUCGCAAAAGUACGGUGCUUAGCGGCGAGAAGACAACGGUGAUCCUUGAGCUUGGCGCCGGCAUGUCGACUCCAGGGGUCUUGAGGUGGCCGAAUGAGGAUCUUAUCACCAGGGGCAGGGGAAGAGUAAAGCUGAUCAGGGUGGGCUUGGGGCCCGAGUCUGCAGUCCCAUGGGGCCUUGAUGAGGCUGGGCUGGCGGUCAGUAUCGACGGGGACAUCUCGGCAGUCGUUAGAGAGCUCUUGCCCCAAAUACAGCGGCAGUGAUAUGGUCCGCCCGAAGAAGCCAUUGAUUGCUGGAAAGACUCCACACGAUGCCGGAGGAAAUGUGUGUCUCACCGCCAGCGUGAUUAACAGCAGGGUGAGAAUGCAAAUACCGAUGCCUCGCGCAGGAAGGUUGUUCCAGAACUUCUCUCGAUGCAUGGAAGCUUUCCAAUCAGCCUCGCCCAGGCGACACCGUUGUUUAGCCUUGAAACUGCACCUCGGUUCUUGCGACUUGUGUUGCGCAACGCGACUGUCAAUGUAACGCUGAGGUGACAUUCGAGAUACAAGACCAUCGAAAUGAUGUCGUACUCGUCCCUGCAGAUCUGGCUGAUCUUUUCAAGGGUUUUCCAAGUUGCCUAUUAGGUUGCACCCGGCCGCCCGGGACAAAAAUGAGUGGCUGUCAGGGGAAGAAAGUUCACCAUUUGCUGAUUUGCUGAUUUGCUGAUUUUCUGACGCGUGUAGGAAAGCCACGCAUGGUAAGGACUGCGGAAAGCCAGGCACAAGGAAAUUGCA